UUGGUGCGAGAUGCAAACUCUCCGGUGCCACUUCCGACUCUAAGUCUUCCUGUGAAAGUCGGUGGUGGUGUGCUGCUUUUUUUUUCCCCCUCCCUUUCUGGAGAAGCAGCUUUCCCCCUUCAGACGCGUUUGCAGGCAGAGCCUGCAGCAGCAAGCACACGAGCCCUUGCUCUCGGCUCGGGUUUGCCCUCCAGGGACGCCGCGCUCCAAGGAGAGCUGCUCACCCGGGGGCGGCCGGCGGCGGAGCCCAGCGCUCCUCUCGCUUUGCCCAGGAAUAAAAACUAUGUGAGGAAUGGUGAUCGGAGCCAGAGAAGGGGAAGGGAGCACCUAAAACUGGUGGAUGCAGCAGAUCCAAUCACUGUGCAAAAGUCUCAAACCAGUUCAGAUGUUGCUGUUUCCUCAAGUUGCAGGUCUAUGGAAAUGCAGGAUCUAGCAAGCCCGCAUAGCCGACUAAGUGGUAGUAGCGAAUCCCCCAGUGGUCCAAAACUUGAUAACUCUCACAUAAAUAAUAAUUCCAUGACACCCAAUGGCACAGAAGUUAAAACAGAACCAAUGAGCAGCAGUGAGAUUGCUACUACUACAGCAGACGGGUCUUUAGACAAUUUCUCAGGAUCAGCAAUUGGAAGCAGUGGUUUCAGCCCAAGACAAACACACCAGUUCUCUCCACCACAGAUUUAUCCUUCCAACAGACCAUACCCACAUAUUCUUCCUACCCCUUCCUCACAAACUAUGGCUGCAUAUGGGCAGACGCAGUUUACUACAGGGAUGCAACAAGCUACAGCUUAUGCCACGUAUCCACAGCCAGGCCAACCCUAUGGAAUCCCUUCGUAUGGUACAUUGUGGGCAGGCAUCAAGACAGAAGGCGGAUUAUCACAAUCACAGUCACCUGGACAGACAGGCUUUCUAAGCUACGGUACAAGCUUUAGCACACCUCAACCAGGACAGGCUCCAUAUAGCUACCAAAUGCAAGGUAGCAGUUUUACAACAUCAUCAGGAAUAUAUGCAGGAAAUAAUUCACUCACAAAUUCAACUGGAUUUAAUAGUUCACAGCAGGAAUAUCCAUCUUAUCCCAGUUUUGGCCAGGGUCAGUAUGCACAGUAUUAUAACAGUUCACCGUAUCCUUCACAUUAUAUGACAAGCAGUAACUCCAGCCCAACGACACCCUCCACAAAUGCAACAUACCAGCUUCAAGAACCACCAUCUGGCGUCACCAGUCAAGCAGUUACAGAUCCUGCCGCAGCAGAGUACAGUACAAUCCACAGUCCAUCGACGCCCAUUAAAGACUCUGAUUCAGAUAGAUUGCGUCGUGGUUCUGAUGGAAAAUCACGUGGUCGAGGCAGAAGAAACAAUAACCCUUCACCACCACCGGAUUCUGACCUUGAGAGAGUAUUCAUUUGGGAUUUGGAUGAGACGAUCAUCAUUUUCCACUCCUUGCUUACAGGGUCCUAUGCUAACAGAUAUGGGAGGGAUCCACCUACUUCAGUUUCACUUGGACUUCGGAUGGAAGAGAUGAUUUUUAAUUUGGCAGACACGCAUCUAUUCUUUAAUGAUUUAGAAGAAUGUGACCAGGUUCAUAUAGACGAUGUGUCUUCUGAUGACAAUGGCCAGGACUUAAGCACAUAUAACUUCGGAACAGACGGCUUUCCUGCAGCAGCUACUAGUGCUAACUUAUGCCUAGCAACAGGUGUGCGUGGAGGAGUGGACUGGAUGAGAAAAUUGGCCUUCCGCUACAGACGAGUAAAAGAAAUCUACAACACCUACAAAAAUAACGUUGGAGGUCUUCUUGGGCCUGCAAAGAGAGAAGCUUGGUUGCAAUUAAGAGCAGAAAUUGAAGCUCUGACAGAUUCUUGGUUAACACUUGCACUGAAAGCACUCACACUUAUUCAUUCUAGGACAAACUGUGUGAAUAUUCUAGUAACAACUACUCAGCUUAUUCCAGCUCUGGCAAAAGUCUUGCUGUAUGGACUAGGGGUUGUAUUUCCAAUAGAAAAUAUUUACAGUGCAACUAAAAUAGGAAAGGAAAGUUGUUUUGAGCGAAUAAUUCAAAGAUUUGGAAGAAAAGUAGUGUAUGUUGUUAUAGGCGAUGGUGUAGAAGAAGAACAAGGAGCAAAAAAGGAGUUCUUACAGCUCUUCUUGAACACUUCAUGUACAGAGGCCACAUGGACUAUUCUCUCUUCUUGCAAUAUUACCUUAUUCUUGAAAAGGACUCUAGGUGAGACUGAAUAUCAGAAUGCUUAGUUUUUUCACAUUGUGUUUGUGCUGUUCACAGCAUGCCAUGCCAUUUUGGAGGAUCUCAAGCCACUCUGAUCUUAUGGCCCUUCAUCAUGCCUUGGAACUGGAGUACUUGUAGCAGCUUAGCAGCACUUUGAAACCCCAGAAUCUCCCUUAUGCCCAUGGACAGUAUGCCUGUGUCUUGUGUCAGCAUUGGACUACAGAACUUUGUGAUUUCAACAUGUUGACGUACAGCUGAAAUUGGUCUUAACCUUUGCCCUUUCAAUAAACGGAGGAGCAUGUCUUUUUCUUCAGAACAGCUGUUGACUCUAGUACUAUGAAUCCAAUGAAAACAAGCCAUGCAAAUGUUUUAACAGCGUCUUUACCACAUUUGCUACAAAAAAAGGUUCAUACCUGUGAAGAAAGAAAGGACCUGCAGAAACUUUGUAGUUUUUAGAAUUUUCAAUGUGACACACACAGCGUCUUCAACACAGCAAACUUGAUUGCACAAUGAAGACUGAGUUUUGCAAAAUACCAGUGGAGUAAUUUUCUUGUAAAGAAGGUUUACUUUUUUGGUUUCUCCUACCCAGGGUACUCUGUACAUCUUAUUUAUGAACAGACUGUGCUUUGACAUCAUAUAACAGAGGAUAUGUAUGAAAGGAUUAAAGGCUAUUGUAAGCCUUUGCCUUGUAAUACAGCAAGUACUUUUGAUUUUAGCACAUUGCAAAGUAGUUUAAAGUAUGUCUAAUUUAAACAAAUAGGUACAUCACUGAGACAAUCAUGUACAGGAAGAUUUUUUUGUGUAAAUUUGUAAUAAUGGAUGAUUCUUUUACAUAUUGUUUAGGUAAAUGCUAUUGAAAGGUAGUAAUGCCUUGUUGGUGAGGUAUGAGGCAAUGUGUGCACAAACUCUUGUGCUGUGCCUUAUCAAAGUGUUGGGUAUAAAUAUGUAGAUAAUGGAUUUUUUAGAUAAAUUUGUCAAGACCAAAAGCAUGGAUGUCAAGUGUCAAUAAGGAAUUUGUUGUUGUUCUUUUUCAGCUAUUUUCUCCAUUUUCCCCUUAGCCAUUCUGACUACGAAAACAUUGGUUACCACAUCCCAUGCGUUAAAUGCACACACAUAGCUACACCAUUUAAUUGAAGAGGAGUCCCUAGCUGUCUUUUGUUUUCUGUUUUAAUGUUCAUGUAUUAAACCUCUUUAAAGAACUGAAUCAACAAGCUCAUCCCAUAAAAAGAAUGUGGAGAAUAGAGAAUAUAUUAUAAAACAGUACUUAAAAAUCAGAUUUUGAUUAAAAAAUGAUAGCAGCUAACUUUAUUUUUCUUAAGUUAGAAAAGAGGAUAUUUUGGAGAAAUGGAGCAAAAUAUAGUUGUUAUCCCGGUUUACACACUUCACUUUUUUAAUCCUCCUCUACCAGGACUCGUAUUUUCCUAACAGAUAACAUCCAUUGCCGGCAAUGGACACACUAAACCAGUUAUCGCCAACGGUUAAGACUUGCUUCAGAAGGAUUCAUGCCCAGGAGGAACACUAUGUCUGUCUUUGAGUUAGAACUUUUCUAAUAGGAAUCAUGAGGGCCAUGAGCCAUUUGGUCAGACAAACUGCAAAUCUGACUUCUUGGCCUUAAAUAAACCAAUGUACCAGUUCACUUUCCAUGAUUUUCAUCCCUUCAGUAAAAAGAAACCUCAGCUUUGUUGAUUUAUUCUCCAGCUUUUACCCUUUUUUUCUUUUUUCUUUUUUUUUUUUUGCCUAAAACACCAGCCUUUAAACAGCUACCAGAGAAGCUGAAAAGCACCGAAGUAGCUUCAAAGCAACACCCUCCUCUGUUGGAGGAUUCAUAUUGCUGCUAGAAUUAAUCAUUUGUGGAUUUUCAAAAUUGCUUAAUUACAAACUAAGGCUCCUAUCCUGCAAAGACUUACACAUGUGCUUCACUUCAUGCAGUGUGAGUAACUCCAGCAAAGUUAAAGGAACUACUUACAGUACAUAAAGUUUAAGCAGAUUGUGGAUAAUUUUUAGGAUUGGGACUAUAAUUAUUAGUAUUAUCAUUAUCAUUAUUUUGCUUCAAGCAAAGUAGACAGUGACUUUUUUGCCUUCUAAAUUUUUAUAGUCAUUAUGCAGACUGAAAAAAAACAGAUAAUCUGGGCCUUAUUGUACAAAACGUGUGUUGUGUCCACAAUUGUGUACAGAAUUUUUCUUCAUUAAUUUUGUUUUAAAUUAAUAAAAAUGAUUUGUGAAAUA